AUGCGCCGUCUCUGGGUUCCACACCCGCAGCUGGUGUGGGCCCCGUGCUGGCUUCAUGACGUCAUCGACGGCAUUGCCACGUUUGCCACAGAAGACGGUGAGGCGUUUGAAGUCGGGACGGCGGGCAUCGACGAUCUGGAAGAAGUGCAGCCUCAACAGGUGAUUGGUAUCGACAAUGUCUGCCUAUUGGACACCGUCACCAAAGCGGCGUUGCUGCAGACAGUCAGGGCGAGGUUCAAGAAGCAAGUCAUCUACACGUGGGUCUCGCGCAUUCUCCUGGCAGUGAACCCGUUCCAGGCUCUGCCUCUCUACUCCUCGGAGAUGCUUGACAAGUACAGGUUCGCUUCCGAGCCACAGGCCCUGCCGCCGCACGUCUUCUGCAUUGCCGCAGAUGCAUUGUCGAACUUGCAGAUCUCUCGGAAAGACCAGGCGAUUGUCAUCAACGGAGAGUCGGGAGCAGGUAAGACGGAGUCUGCCAAGCUUGUCAUGUCCUACGUGGCCGAGGCUAUGAAGUCUGCCGAGACCCAGGAGCAACAGUCCCAAGGCUUCGAGGAGAAGGUUCUUCGUACCAAUCCCGUGAUGGAAGCUUUCGGGAAUGCGAUGACGGUGCGGAACAACAACUCGUCCAGGUUUGUAAAAUGGCUGAACUUCCAGCUAGAGGGCGACAGGCUCAUUGGGUGUCAGAUACAGCAAUACCUCCUGGAGGGAACACGGGUGUGCAGCGUCGGAAAGGGCGAGCGGACCUACCACGUGUUUUUCCAGAUGCUGCAGGCCCGUCGCUCGCCCUUGCUGGAGAAGUUGGAGCUGGAUGACCCAAGUGGCUACCGUUACACCAAAGCCGGGGAAUUCGCCGUGCCUGGCAUGGACGACCUCCUCGGCUUCGAGGAGCUUCGUGAGGCUUUUGCUCCGCUGGGGAUUGACGACACCAUGCAGGCAGAGCUCUUCCGAGUGCUCGCAGCGGUGCUGAACCUGGGUAACUGCACCUUCAAGUCCGAGUCCGAAGACAGGCUUGGAUUUGUCGAUGAAGCACCGGUCCAACGUGCUGCCAAGCUGCUGAGUUUGCCGGUGGAGGAUCUGAAGAAGUGCAUGCUCGUGCGCAAGAUUACCGUAGGGCGUGACGUCAUGGAGUCUCCACAGCGCCAAGAGCAGGCGAUCGCGAGCCGGGACAGUUUGAGCAAAUGUCUCUAUGUGCAGCUGUUCGCUUGGGCUGUGGAUACCAUCAACCGCACACUGUACGUCAACGAUUCGCCGAGGGCACAUGACAAGCAGAGGCAGUACCUGGGUAUCCUCGAUAUUGCCGGCUUCGAAUGCUUCGAUCAUAACUCCUUGGAGCAACUUCUGAUCAACCUAUGUAAUGAACAUCUCCAGCAGUUCUUCAACACCUUCGUCUUCCGGUCCGAGCUAGACGAUUACGAGAAGGAAGGCUUGAAGUUUCAGUGCGACGUGAGCUUCACUGACAAUGCUGACGUGCUUCAGCUUGUUGAUGGUCGCGGUGGUUUGCUGGAUAUGUUGGAUGAGGAGGUCGUGAUGCCGAAAGCCACUGAUGAAUCCUAUGUGUCCAAAGUGAAAUCAGGUCACUCAAAGCAUCAGUGUUUCGUGCUCCCAAAGAUCAACAGCCGAGUCAAGUUCGGAGUGAAGCACUUCGCAGGCGAAGUGACAUACAAUUGCGAGGGCUUUCUGCAAAAGAAUGCGGACAAGCCGCCGGACGACUUUAUGAAGCUGCUGUCAGUCUCAGAGCUUGACCUCCUGAAGCAACUGUCGAUGGAUCCUGGGCAGGAGGCUGCCGCGCCCGCGAAGGCCUCCAGCCGGAAGCCGAAGUCAACGUCAUCCAAGUUUCGUUCCUCUUUGCGGACCUUGGUUGGCAAGAUCAGCUCUUCGGAUCCACAUUUCAUCAGGUGCAUCAAGCCCAACUCUCAGAAGGUUCCUGGCCAGUUUGAUUCACGGAUGGUGCUGGAACAGCUGCUGUUCAGUGGAGUCUUGGAAGCAGUUCACAUCCGUCAGCAGGGCUAUGCUUCGCGGCUGUCGUAUGUCGACUUCUUGAGCAGGUAUGCCAGCCUGGCCGCGCCCAGUGCCCAUCAGGGGAAUGCGAGCGAACUGGCCAGUCACUUGAACGAGAAGUUGUCUCUGGACAUUGAAGUGGGCAAGACCAAAGUGUUCAUGAAGGCGAAUGCAGCCAACGCCCUGGAGAAGCAGCGGGGAUUGAAGCGCGCGCAGAUGGCCAUCAAGUUGCAAGCCAUCGUGCGAGCGAGGUUCGCCAGACAUCGCUUUACUGCAACACGACCUACGAUGAAGGCACUCAUGGACUGCUUGAGGCGGAUUGAUUGGGAUAGCCGCAAACCUGAAAAGGAUCAGCCCAUACCGCUGUUGGUGAAGCUGGGUGCAGACGCCAGGGCAUUCUCGGGAGACUUGGAGCAAGCCGAGAAAGCUCUGCCACAUCUACCCUGCUCGGACAGGCUGCGAUCCAUCUCCCAGGCUGCGUCGAGCCGCCUGGCGAAGGAACUGCAGUGCAUGGAGCAGCUGGAGGCUUUGGCAAAAAGCACAGACGCCGUGGAGAUCGAGAAAGCCUUAGCCAGAGCCACCUCCUUGCAGCUGCCACCGACGAGCUUGACACAGGAGCACCUUCCGCUCCGCUGCAAGGCGCUUCAGGUUCAAGUGCCGCUGGUGGAGGCCCUGCGCGCGGCAUCAGAUGAAAAGAAUCUGGAGUUACUCAUCCGCAUCAUUGAGGAGGUGAACAAGAAGGGAUUGAAGCUGGAUCCGACAGGGUGGCUACCCGAGCUUGCGGUCGGCGAAUUGCUCCGACAGGUGGAUGCGCAGCGCUUGAAGCACGAAGCGCAACAGAAACUAGAAGCGGAGACCAGGCAGAGGCAGCAGCAGCAGCAGCAGCAGGAGCAGGAGCAGCGGCAGCAGCAGCAGCAUCAGCAGCAACUUCAUGCCCAACCUGCACCAGCUGCAACCAUGCAGCCAGCCCAUGUGCGUGCAUCCAGCGCAGAAGGUGCAUCACCUGUGGGGCGUUUGCCCACCACACAGCAUGCAGCACCUCCACAAAGUGCAUCGCCUGGCCAAGCUGAUGCCAAGGGGUCUACCGGUGAUAGACGGCGCCGGCCGACGAUUACAGGAUUCAGCUCCUUUCAGCAGGCGCAGCUUCUUGCCAGCCUGCGAGCUGCUGCGGAGAACUUGGACUCAGCCGGGCCAGCCGGGUUGGAGCAGUUGCUCCAAGAGGCGACGCGCAACGGCAUCGAGGAGGCCGAGCUCAAGGAGUACCACAAGAAGAUGUGCGAUUUGCAGAACGAGGCCUUCCUUCGGCAGGCUGUGGAACAAGUUCUGGAGGAGGUCAAGGCAGAGUGUCCUCCACCAAAUGCACUGCAAAAGCUGCAGAACUUGUCACACCAACUGCGAGUGUUGCACGGCGAUGCCGAGCUCAUCAGAUCAGCAUCGCAAGCAGUGCAGCAGGGGACUCGGCGGCGAACCAAAAGCAUCGCCCCAGCUCGAGACGGCCGCCGGGCGAGUGCCUUCGAUGUGAAGAGCUCGGAGGAGCUGCGGGUGGCCUGCGAAGCCUUCAGCGACCUCAGCUCUUUCUCCAAGCUGAAGAACGAAGGCGCAUGGAAGGGCCAUCGAAGCAGCGUCCAGUUGGAGUUGGCUCCUUUCGCUGGGCAGAUGCUGGGCCAUUCGAAGGUGACGAUCGCAGAGUCGUUGACACACCUUCCAAAGUCGCGCGAGGCUGCGGCCAUUCAGACCUUCCGAAACAUUCUAGUAUGGAUGGGGGAUCGCCCAGCACAAGAGUGCCAGCGAAUCGCAAGCAGGGAGAGCGUCAUCAACACGGUUAGCUCAGAUCCUUUCAUGCGCGAUGAAACCUUCGUUCAGAUCUUGAAGCAGCUCAGUGGCAAUCCAUCAGCCCGCUCCGAGUGGCUGGGUUGGCAGCUGCUUUUGCAGCUGUGCCAUACCACACCACCAAGUGAUGAGCUGGAUGAUUUCGUGCGCUUCUUCUGCGCGCAGAAAACGAGUGCGGCGCCUUUGAGCUCUGGCGAUGCACGCGCCCUGGAGCUGGAAAGAAUUGCCCGAGAAUGCUUGGAGGCAUUGACGGCUGCAGCGCCCACCAAAGGCACAGAUGAUGAUACAUCUGGAGACAUGGUCGGUGUGCUGGUGUACUUAAUAGACGGCUCUUCUCAGAAUUUGUUCGUGCCGGUGGCAACGACUCUCAAAGAGAUGUCUUCCCUAAUGGGAAGCAGAGUCGGUGUGAAGCACUGGCGGGACUUUGCAUUCUUCCAAGCGACUGGCAAGGCUGAGUCGCUCAGGAUGCUUCCAGACAUCCUUCCCGUGUCGGAGCUGAUCAGCAUGUGGCAGAAGAUUCGCGAAGCUACUGGCUUGGCAGGCCACCUGCACUGGCGGCGGCGGUUUCUGCUACCUCAGGAGAUGCUCCAGGCAGGAGAUCUGCAUCACGCGGCUCUCACUUUUCGGCAGGCGGUGCGCAGCCACUUGCACCGGCCUGCUCCCUGUCAGGCUGGGGGCGAGGCUGAGGAGAUGAUGACGGCCGCCGCCCUUUUAUGGUUGGAGAGUUAUAACCCAUUGCAACAGAUCAAGGAUAACGACAGGCUUGUUCACGAGCUCCUGAAGGGGCAGAUGAGCGGCUUGAAACCGACGCAGCAAGAUGCUGUCAAGCAGCGCCUGCAAGCAAAGGUCAAGGACUUGCGAAAGGAGUAUGGGCCACGGGUUCCACAACUGCAGCGUAUGACGAGAGCUUUUGCCCUGAUGCGCUGCUUUCCGCAUUUUGGUACCCAGCACUGGCCGGCCAAAGGGAUCUCUGCAGCCAAAGUUUAUGCUGCGGGAACCAUGGCGGUAAGCAAUCCGCCAGAGAAGUAUUUGGCGCUGCACUUGCGCCAGACGGAGCCGGAGCUGUGGAUUUUCGUCGAUACCUUCGGCUUGCACCUGGCUCCGGCGCUGGCGAGUCACACAAAUGGGGCAGCGCUGUGGAGCUUUCUCUUCCAAGACACCACUUCAGCGUCUGGCGACAGCGAAGUCCAGGAUGACGCUGGUUCGAGCACGCCCUCAAGCGCGUUCCGCAGGAGAUCGCUCAGCGAGUUGGUAGCAUCCGAUGACGGUGCCACUACGCCGUCUGCCAGACGCAACCUUCGAUUACCCAAGCAAAGUGGGCGGUUGCUUCGAUGGGGUGCCAAGCCUGGUGCGCUGCAACUUGUAGUGCACAGUGCUGAUCUGGGGCGGUCGGCUCCAAAGCUGCCGCAGCUGGUAACCCUCGCGUGCCCGGACGCUUUGGAUGCCGCCUUUGUUGUACAUAGCGCGCUCUGCGAACUCCUGCAGCUGCCGACGACAUGUUCUUAA